AUGGCGCCCAAAACUCUUUAUGAAAAGAUUUUCGACUCGCACCUCGUUCACGAGGAGGCCGACGGCACCUGCCUCAUCUACAUCGACCGUCAUCUCGUCCACGAGGUCACUUCGCCACAAGCCUUCGAGGGUCUCCGCAAUGCCAACCGCAAAGUGCGCAGGACUGACUGCACCCUCGCUACUGUCGACCACAACAUUCCCACUGCCUCGCGCAAGGCCUACAAGGACACAAAGUCGUUCGUCGAGCAGGCCGACUCGAGAACCCAGUGCCUCACCCUCGAGGAAAAUGUCAAGGCGUUCGGCCUUACCUUCUUCGGUCUCUCGGACAACCGUCAGGGUAUCGUGCACAUCAUCGGCCCCGAGCAGGGCUUCACUCUUCCCGGUACCACCAUCGUGUGCGGUGACUCGCACACGUCUACCCACGGUGCCUUUGGCGCUCUCGCCUUCGGUAUCGGCACUUCAGAGGUAGAGCACGUGCUCGCCACCCAGACGCUUCUCCAGAAGCGUGCCAAGAACAUGCUCAUCCAGGUCGACGGAGAGCUCUCCGAGGGAGUCACCUCCAAAGACAUCAUCCUCCACAUCAUCGGUCUCAUCGGCACCGCCGGCGGCACUGGCCACGUCAUCGAGUACGCUGGCUCCGCCAUCCGUGCCCUCUCCAUGGAGGCCCGCAUGUCCAUCUGCAACAUGUCCAUUGAAGCCGGUGCCCGAGCCGGUCUCAUUGCGCCCGAUGAGAUCACCUACGAGUACAUCCAGGGUCGUCCCCUCGCCCCCAAACAGGGCGCCGAAUGGGACCAGGCUCUCGCCUACUGGAAGUCUCUCCCUUCGGACGCCGACGCCAAGUACGACUCGGUCAUCAAGAUUGACGCUAAAGACAUCCCGCCCACCAUCACCUGGGGUACUUCCCCACAAGACGUCGUCGCCAUCACCGGUUCCGUCCCCGAUCCCAAGAACGCCAAGAACGACGCCGAGGCCAAGGCCUGGUCGCGCGCUCUCGAGUACAUGGGCCUCGAGGCCAACACGCCCAUGGAGAAGAUCAAGAUCGACAAGGUCUUCAUCGGAUCCUGCACCAACGCGCGUAUCGAGGAUCUGCGUGCGGCCGCCCGCGUGCUGCACGGACGCAAGGUCGCCGACGGUCUCUACUGCAUGCUCGUCCCCGGUUCCGGUCUGGUCAAGAAGCAGGCCGAGGCAGAAGGUCUUGACAAGAUCUUCCAAGCUGCCGGAUUCGACUGGCGUGAGGCCGGCUGCUCCAUGUGUCUCGGUAUGAACCCGGACCAGCUGGCACCCGGUGAGCGAUGCGCUUCCACCUCGAACCGCAACUUUGAGGGUCGUCAGGGUGCCGGUGGACGAACGCACCUGAUGUCGCCUGCCAUGGCUGCCGCAUGUGCCGUCACUGGUUAUUUGACGGAUGUGCGCAAGGUCGUGGGUCAGUCUACCGCCAAGGUGGGCAGCGAGGCUGGUAAGCCCGAGUUUGAGAUCCAGGUUUCGGACGCCAAAUCCUACCUCAUCGACGCAACCCCCGCCCCUGCACCUACCAGUCAGACUCCCGCACCGGCGCAAACCGACGAAGACGCCAUCCGCGACAUCCCUGCCUCGAACAUCACCACCGCCGGCGCCGGCAUGGAGAAGUUCACCGUCCUCACCGGCGUCGCUGCCCCUCUGGAGCGUUCCAACGUCGACACGGACCUCAUCAUCCCCAAACAGUUCCUCAAGACGAUCAAGCGCACCGGUCUGGGCUCGGCCCUCUUCUGGCCCAUCCGCUACGAUGCCAAGACGGGUGAGCCCGAUCCGUCGUUCGUUCUCAACCAAUCCCCUUACGAUCAGAGCAAGAUCCUGGUGGUGACCGGACCCAACUUCGGUUGUGGUUCUUCGCGUGAACAUGCCGCCUGGUCGCUGCUGGACUUCGGCAUUCGCGCCGUGAUCGCCGAGAGCUUUGGCGACAUCUUCCGCAACAACCUGACGAAGAACGGGCAGCUGCCGGUCAUGCUCCCUCACGCGCAGAUCGAACGACUCACACAGGACGCCAAGGCGGGUAAGGAGAUCACGGUGGAUCUGGAGAACCAGGUGGUGGUUACCGCCGAUGGAAGCGAGAAGUUCGCCUUCGAGACGCCCGAGUUUACGCGCCACUGCCUGCUCAAUGGGCUCGACGAUAUCGCGCUGACGCUGCAGAAGGAUGCGCAGAUCGCGCAGUUCGAGCAGCUCAGAAGCCAGCAGACGCCGUGGCUCGACGGGUUCGGAUACGACAAGGUUGGCGGCAAGAUCGAGGGUGUCGUUAGCAAGGCCAAGGGGCUGGUUAACAAGGUCGCUGGUACCGAGUGGUAG